AUGUCAUCAAUACUUGAAGCAGUAGCUUUUAUACUUGAAAACUACUCAAAGUAUUCGAGCUGUUCUGAAGAAAACGUACGUCUUUUCUUCGAGCAGGCCAAAAUUCCAUCUAUUUCUAUGUAUGAUUACUUGGCAUAUUUAAAUACAUACACGCACUGUUCAGAACAUUGUUAUGUUCUGUCACUGAUAUAUGUAGAGAGACUUAUAGUCUUUUUGUUUAAUUUUACGCUUAUUAGCAGCUUAUAAUUUUGAUGAUAAAAGAAUUUAUUUAUAAUAGCAUUAAUCCUAAUAGUUAUAUAUCAAACUUCAGAAAAUACAUUUUUGAUAACAUUUCUCUGCAUAAACUAUUUCUAAUUGGCCUUGUUGUUGCCGCGAAAUAUAGUGAAGAUAAAUAUUACAAAAACUCCUAUUAUGCAAAAGUAGGAGGGAUACAGGUAUCAGAUUUUAAUAAUCUUGAAAAGAAAUUUUUGAUGCUGCUGGACUUCGAUUUGUAUAUUUCGAAUGAGCAGUAUGAGCAUUUCACUGACACAAUAAAAUCAACGGUACGCGCCAUUAGAAGGCAAAAUUAUAAAAUCAUGGAAAAUGCUCAUAUCAAUAAUGAGCUUGCUAGUGUUAGUUAA